AGAAGUAAGUUUGGGGGUGGCGAUUAUCUGCUACUAAUCGUUUACCUUUGGUUUUUAUGUUUAGAGUCAGUCCGCUUUGAUGUCUUUAUCGAGUCAGUUUGUUAAGAUCGAGUCAGUUCAAACUUUGUGGGAAUCAGGACCUUAUUCUAUGAUGUGUAUUAACCACCCUCGUGCUCUAAUUCAUCUUAUUCAGUGACCUUAGCAGAAGCGACAGACGCACAUGUGGAUCCAGAACACCCUGACAUUACAUCAUCUUGUUCUCCAAAAGCUUUCAGCUUGUUGAGGUUACUCUGGAAAGAUUUAACUCCAUCUAACUUGAACUUAAUCUUGACUGCAAUUCUUCUUGUUAUGGGCGUUAGAAUAGGGUUUAACGUGAUCAACACUCAGGUCUUCUUAUUCUUUUUAUCCAUCUUGCUGAUCCUGAGUGGGUAGCUCAUCUUUAGCUAGUACCCACCUUAAAACCCUAAAGCCUUUGUUCCGCCCUCAUGCAUUUGUUAUUCAGUAUCUUAUGUGCAGAUAUGUACAAAAGGGCCGGAGAGGAAAGGAUCUAGACAGUCUCUUACUCGUUAAUGCAACAGAAGUUUCUGCUGAAGAAUAGGCGGAAGCACACGGAGCAGCCGCUCCGCCACUACAGGAAAUGUGGGUAUUAAUAGCGUCGUAGCAUAGCGUUUUUUGCUUCUCUGCUAUUGUAUAUAAACACGGGCCUUUAUAAUAGCGUUUUUGAAAUGUAUAAGCUAUCUUUGUAGUCGCGGGAAAAUAAAAUAAUUCAGCCGCGUUAAUUUGGUAAGUGGAGGCGCCUUACCAUUGCAAAUCAAAAACUAAAUGCUAUCGUAUAUGAAAAAAUAUAUUAAAAAUAACUUAAGUAUUAAUCGAAAUCGAGACUUCAUUCUCUUCACUUCACUCUCUUCACAUUCCUCAAAAUCAAAACCGACUCAUUGAAGUUCUUCAGAGUUCUCUCGAGUCGAAGCUUCAAUUGGUAUGAGUUUCGAUUUGAUUAUGAGUUUAGAGUAGAGACUGGUUCUCUCGAGUCGAAUCUCUUUGAUUUUGGCUUUCUCUUUGAUUCAAAUCUCUUUUCACAUGCAUGUCCGCGUUAACACAUGAUUCGAUUUUGAUUGUGGGUUUCGAUUAGGUUUUGAAUAUGAUUGUGGGUUUCGAUUAGGUUUUGAAUAUGAUUGUGGGUUUCAGUUUGAUUUUGAAUAUGAUUGAAGGUUUCGAUUUGAUUUUGGGUUUAGAUUUUUUGAUCGAAUGGCUUGAUUUGAUUUUGGAUUUGUUUAUCAGUUUCAGAAAUGGCAAAGACAAGAGGACAAGUUGGUUCUCGUCGGAGUAAACGUAAUCAAGGCUUGGAGGUAGUAGAUCAAGAGGACAAGGCACCGCAACUAAAAGUGAAGAAAAGAACAGCAAAGAAAACGGCUUCCCCUAAAAAGAAUUUAGUUUUAACGCCAACGAGAAGAAGUAGUAGAAUCAAGAAAGUGGCUGCUGAAGAUGAUUACAUAGAAGAUGUAACACCUCCUAAGGAUGAUGAGGUAGAAGAUGUUACACCUCCUAAGGAUGAUGAAGUACAAGAUGUAACACCUGCUCAGGAUGAUGAAGUAGAAGAUGAUCAGGCUGAGAAGUCAAUGUCUGAAGAAGAUAAAGACGAUGAAGAGGAUGUCAAUGGGAAAGAGGAUGAAGAAGAUGGCGAUGUCAAUGGGAAAGAGAAUGAAGAAGAUGGAGAUCUCAAUGGGAAAGAGAAUGAAGAAGAACCGGCCAAUAUGGAAGAUGAUGGAGUUCUUAAUGAGAAAGGGAACGAAGAGGAAGCUUGCGAAGAAGAAGCUCGCGAUAUGGAAGAAGAUGGCACUGCGCAAGAUGAUGAGAUUCCUAGUACUGAAGGAGUUGAGCUAGCAGGGGAGGAAGUUUCAAAAAAAAAUAAAAGAGGACCUACAAAGUUGCGUAGAGUGGCUGAAAAUCCCAAUGAUAAGAUUAUGGUCACAUUCAAUGACAUUGGUGAGCAUGUUGGACCUGGUUCAGUAACCCUAUCGUCGUUUCUUGGUCCUCUUGUGAGGGAACAUGUUCCGGUUACACUUGCCGAUUGGAGAAAACUUGAUGCAGCGACUAAAGCAACAAUGUGGGAAGAAAUUCAGGGGAGGUUUAACUUGCAAGAAGAGUGGCAGAAAGCUGUUAUUUUCAAGCAGCUGGGAAAUGUGUGGAGGGCUGGGAAGUCAAGGCUGGUGUCACAAGUACGUGUGGCGAAGACUGCAGCUGAGAGAAUAGCUUUAAAACCGAGCAACAUCCCAUCCCUUCAACUGUGGAACACUUGGGUUAAGAGUAAGACUACCAAAUCUUUCACAGAAACGAGUAACAAGUACAGAGCGAUGAGAAGAAAUCAGAUUCCUCACACCACCAGCCGCAAAGGAAUGCUUCGUUUAGCUGAUGAUAUGGUAAAAGAGUAGUCAAACAUCUACAUAUUGUAGAUCAGCUUGUUAGAUUAAAAUGGUAGUGAGAUAUGUUUGUUUUCAUAUA